GUUUACAUCGAAAGAAUGGAUUGUGAGGCCGGAUAAUACACUUUAAGAGGGAUUUAGUGCUCGCUAUCUGAUGUUGACUGAUGCUAAUCGACAUGGAUACUGAUAGUGAAGUCGCGAAUUGCCAAAAUGCAUGCGCCUGUCUCGCACGCGUGAUACGUUUUGAUGAUGUUUAUAUGGGCGAGUGAUGAGUGUACGGUAUUUUAAGACAUCGGGUGAGUUUGCGCACCACUCAACACAUAUAUCGUUAUCUCGGCUUGUUGUAUCACCGAAUUGUUAUUGCAACGUUUUAUCGCAAAUCUGGAUCGUAAUAAUAAGCUUUGCUUUUACUUUGCGGCUGCCAAAAUGCCAUUCAAGUUUCACUUGAAGAAGAGCAAACAAUACAACGUUGUAUCCAAGAAUCAGUAUGUGAUCUGUGUUGAAUUGUUGGAUGCCACCUCUAUAGAAUGCACCCUCAGUGUCGACAGCGUUGGCCAGGAAUGCCUGGACAACGUGACACAACGUCUAGGAUUGGGACAGUCUGAGUUUUUUAGCUUACGCUACAUCUGCCGUAGUACAUCGUUGUUUCGAUGGAUAGACAUGGACAAACCUCUAAAGAGGCAACUGGAAAAAGAUGCUAAGAGCUUUACACUUUACUUAAGAGUUAUGUACUACAUUGUGGAUGUACAACUCAUUCAAGAUGAGAUGACAAGAUAUCACUAUUAUCUUCAAUUGAAGAAUGAUGUACUAGAAAACAAAAUACAAUGUAAUUAUAGACAGGCUUGCAUAUUGGCGAGCUAUUCUAUGCAAGCUGAGUUUGGAAAUUAUAGCCCCGAGAGACAUACAAUCGAGUAUCUCCAACAGUGCACUUUCUUCCCAAAUGAGCUAAGCAAAAUGGAUCCAGGUGGGCAAGAUUCUCUCUUACACACAGCAAUAUGUCAGUACAAGGGCCUUAUCAAUAUGACACAGGCUAUUGCAGAAGAGUUAUAUAUCUCAAUUGCCAUGCAACUGGAGGGAUAUGGUACCGAAACAUUUUCUGCUAAGGAUAAUAGUAACAACAAAGUCAUACUUGGAAUUUCUAUCAAUGGAAUUAUGGUGGCCUAUCCUAACAUGCAAACAACACAAUUUUACAGAUGGAGAGAUAUCAGUAAUGUCAUAAAUCAAAAGAAAACGUUUAGAAUAGAGUAUAAGUUGGAAGAAGCAAAGCAAUUUGUAUUUACUGAGUCGCGUGAAGCAAAAUAUAUAUGGAGAUUAUGUAUAGCUCAACAUUUAUUUUACAUACAGUAUCAAGAACACCGUCCACAAGAACGAUCAAGUGGCUGUUGUGAUAAUGAUACAAAUGAUUCUAGUGAGCAAGCGGUGUCUGUGAAUUCGGACAAUAGGGCCUCUGACACACAUACGCGGUGGACAAGUUACAACGAUCUCUCGAUACCGUCACCGUGUCCUGUCGUGUCUGUUUCGUCAACAGAUAUAAAUAGUUUGCGCGCAUUAUUGCCGUCAUACAGACCGGCACCCGAUUACGAAACGGCGGUUCAAAUGAAAUAUAACAACGGUGGAAACGCUCCACAGCCUUAUUAUGCGAAUCAAUCUGCAAUAGUUGGUUCGGAUAUCUCGUGCCUGCUGAAUGUAAAUCGUAACAGAUAUUAAAUUUAAUAAUAAAUAUGAAUAACGAGUUUUCUUGAUAUCAAAAGUACUACUGAUAUUUGUGAUGUAAAAAAGCUGAAAGUGAA